AUAUGUCCAACAAAAAUUUCACAGUACAUUUCUGAGCCCUUUCUUGUUCGUCGUCCAUCGCCAUCCUCGUUCGUCAAUCGCCGUUCUUCCUCCUUCAGUUGUCGCUGCCUUUUCGCUUUCUUUUCCUUCGCAAUUUGUUUGUGGAUUACGCUGUGCGCGUUUGUUUACCUUCAUUAUCUGAAUUAAUAGUUCUCUUUCUGGCAGUUCAGAGGUAUGUCGGGCAAUCCUACGUUUGUGGAUGAGGAUGGAACUUCCGGAUCUGGAGAGGAGGCAAACAUGUUAGAUGUGCACAAUAAACUUCCGUCGAUGACAUCAAAUUCAGGUCGGUGCAAGAGAAGCCGCAAGGCAACAAGCGACGCCAUUGUUGACGCGAUGUUGGAAAUAGCCGCAGCUUCAAAAAUGAGAGCUGCUGCGAUCAUGAGGAAUGACGAACGCUUUAGCAUAAGCAAAUGCAUAAGAGUAUUGGAUGAGAUGCAAGGAAUCGACCAGUCACUCUACUUCUAUGCUCUCGACCUGUUUGAAAACUCCUCUGCAAGAGAAAUAUUCAUAUCUCUUAAGGGCGAGAGGCGACUUGCGUGGCUACAAGGGAAGUUCCGAGCCACCAUGAGUUCGGGAGGUCGAUAAGUCCAAUGAUCGGAUUUGAUCUUUCAUGUAUCUGAAAUGUCCACAUUUUCUAUAACUUGGUACUGUACUGAUUUUGAAUAUAUGAUUGAACUUAUGCUAAAGGCUAUAAAAUACAAUUCGACAAAAA